AAGCCUGCAUUGUAAUUAUUAACAUACCAAUUAAAUAUUGAAGUGAUUUAUUUAGUCACACGUAUAUUACUUAAUAUUUAUGGUUGAUCGUGACAUAAUCCUGAGGCCUGAAGAUGGUUGCGAAGACCUUUUGUUUUCCCCACUCAUUCUAACUUGUACUGUUGGGUAAUUUGGCUUCCGGUUCAAAUCGCUUACACAUUGAGGUUUGUUUUCAGUUAACAGAAAGGAAAAGGUUAACUGUAGAGGGGAGGAAACACACUGUCAGAAUUCAUAAGAGGUUGUAAAUCUAGAAAAAAAAAAAAAAAAACAGCGGCUCAAAGUCCAGCCCAGCUCUCGGAUAUAACCAGUCGUGUUACCGUACUUUGUGGUGUAGUGCACCACUUUAAGAAUUCCAGGUGCUUUAUUUGGUUUGUUGUUAAGAAUGGCUACUUUCUCUAAUAUUGAGCCCCCCUCGGUCUACACCCUCCUCCCUCGCAGUGUUUACUUUGUGUGUAACGUCGGGACAAAGUGCGGUCAUAUCUGAGCCGACCUCAUCUAUUUGUGUUAUUAUGGUAAUGGCGACGAUGAUGAGCUACUCUCAAUGAAGUUCUAAUAGAUCCGUGUUUGAAUCUUUAACCAGUCAUUACUCAUCACACUUGUUUUAUAUGUGAGAGGUGACAGUUGUUCAUGUUUCUCCUCCAUAUGAACUAAGCAGCAGCUGUAGUGCAACAUGUGGCUGUGGGCUUUACUCCCCGUCUGCAUGGCUCUCUUUGGUACUGUUGGCAUCUGGACUGUGUUUGCUGUAUCUGUAACAAACGGAUCGGUCAACCUGACAGAGGGAGUCCCUUACAUCAGUGAAUGUGGCACCUACACCCCUCAGAGCUGUCUCUUCUCCCAGGUCUGCAACAUCUGCUCGGUUUUAGCUGUGUGGAUCGUGGUGAUCCGUUUCCAGCAGGUUAAGGAUUUUGGCGACCAUGGAAAGGCCAACGUUGCCAGCAUUGUUUUGGGAUUCAUCUCCUCAGUAGGAAUCUCUGUCCUCGGAAACUUCCAGCCGUCAGUGGUGCGGAGUCUUCACCUGUUGGGGACGUUCCUAGCUUUCUUCCUCGGCUUGGCCUACUUCUGGGUACAGCUUUAUCUAACUUAUCGGGCUCAGCCAGCGAAGGAUCGAUGCUAUGCUGGGCCUGUCAGGGCGAUCUGCUGCAUCCUCUGCACCGUCUCGAUUAUCCUCAUGGCCGUUCUCCACUUUACAGGCCGUUACUCUGCAGCUGCCAUCUGUGAAUGGAUCCUGGUCAUGCUGUUCUUCUGCCUGUUUGGCCUUUUCGCAGCCGAGUUCAGACACAUCGACUGCCACCAGCUCACGGUACAGAAGGGAGCUCUUGAACAUGAGCACAGGCCUUCGACAAUAGAAAUCAACGGUUAUGUUACAAACGCACUUUCCUGAACAGGCGCACACGUGCAACUACGAGUGCAUGUGGUUCAAAACCCACAGACUUGUUGCCACGUUGCCUUUAACGUAGGCUUGAUGCCUGUACACUAGAUUCAUGAUGUACACAUUCAGUUGCUGUACAGAAUAUUGCUGUUUUAGUGCUUUUCAGUCACUCAGUGGAGAGUUUUUUUACUCUAAUUACUAAUUAUUGUUUUUGGUAUUUAACUGUAUUAUAACCUUGUUGUGCACUUUAUUUUCUCAUGUCUCAAAUGUUUAUAAGACCACCAUUUCCCCUUUUUUUGGUCAUCUUGCCAUUACAUGACUCACACAUUAAAGAACACACAAUACAUUCAUAAUUGUAUUUUAUUUCGUUUGACUUUCAAAAGUCACUCUUUAGCUAGUGAGGAAAGACAUAAUAAGACAUAAUGUUUUAUCUUGUCUUUUCUCUAAGCUGCAUGUGAUCUGACUGAAUUUGUAAAGCCAGUCUUUGCCAAAUACUGCAAUAAAUACAGCUAACACAAGGUGGCACCGUUCAGCCACCGUUCGCUC